AUGGAAAUCUUACUCUAUCUUACCUUUGCUUUAUUCUGCUGGCCUAUCGUCACAUGCAACGAUGAACAAUCUUUGGAACCAGGAGCUGAAGGCUUCCUCAAAAGAGAGCACACCUUGGUUCGCCCUUUUCAAGGUACAGUACUAGUAUACGCUGAACUUUGGGACUUUACUGGAAGUACUAUUGUUACUGGCACCCAUAUCCGAUUAACACCUGAUCAUCAAAGUAAAGCUGGCGCAAUUUGGAAUAGAAUACCAUGCAUGCUCCGCAAUUGGGAAGUUUUAAUUCACUUUAAAGUUCAUGGUAAUGGUGUUGAUUUGUAUGGCGAUGGAUUUGCGUUUUGGCUCACAAAGGGUAGAAACGAAAUGGGCAAAGUUUUCGGUAGUAAAGAUCCCUUUAGUGGCCUAGCCAUUUUCUUCGAUACUUACAGCAACCAAAAUGGUGAACAUGCCCACGUUCACCCCUAUGUUUCGGCAGUUGUCAAUAACGGCUCCAUGAGCUACGAUCACGACUAUGAUGGAACGCACAUUCAGAUCGCUGGAUGUUCGGCUCCAUUCCGCGGUAGAGAACAUGAUACUUUUGCAUCUAUCCGCUUUGUUAACAAUCGAUUAACGGCAAAACUUGAUAUCGAUGGUAACGGAGAAUGGCGUCAGUGUUUCGAUGCUGAUGAGGUUUUUUUGCCACUGGGUUACUUUUUUGGGAUUUCCGCAGCUACCGGGGACUUAGCUGACAACCAUGAUAUUCUGACAUUUAAAGUGUUUGAAUUACCCGCUGAUGAGACUUCCGAUAUUAGCGACACUGCUCUAUUAAAUUUAGUACCGCACGCCAAGACUGCAGAAGCUCCUCGAGAUAAACCUGUUGGUGUAUUUCAACGUAAAUCAAUGUCGACUAUAUUCAUGUUCCUGAUAUUGCUUAUCGUCUGUGGUGGUAUCGUAUUUUUCUUGGUUAAGAGGCAACAAACCAAUGCGAAAAAGAGAUUUUAUUAG